AUGUCCUACCCCAAUGAAACUCGCUGUGGGGUGGUUCUUAAUGCUGUGAAGAAGUUAGAGAAGAGCCGGCAGAGGAUGACUAAGAAUUGGCAAGAUGAAUGGAGGAAGGGUAGAUCUGCUACAGUAGGUCCAGUCGUUCGUCCUGUUUACGAGAUCGGUCGACAAGUGUUGGUCUAUCAACCUAUUUCCCACAAGCUUGAUGCAAUGUGGAUUCCUGGGGUAGUAACUCGACAUCUAGGAAAGGAGUGCGUUGAGGUUAAGUUCUCUGAUGGUUCGGUUCAAGUUUACCACAAGGACCAUAUUAAAGAUGAUGACGGUGGCUUAUCUAAAACUCAAGGUCCCCGAGUGAUUGCGAAGCCUACUACCCCUAGGGUACCUGCUGUUCUCCAGCAGCCGAGUGCGGGAAAGAUUCCGGAUCGCGGGAGGAAGAGGUUACCUUCCACAUCCGAACCCGCUGAGUUUGCCGAACCUUCCAAGCGUAGAGUACUCCGUAAUCCUACUAGAUCAUAUUUCAUCGCUUGGAAGGACGCUGACGGUAUGGUUCGAUAUGGUCGAAAGCUGUCUUGGACCAAUGAUGAUUACUUAUUGGUACAAGAGUAUAGAUUGGAUGAGGAUGAGCGUAUAUUGCUUCCAUUAUGGAUCUCUCCAGAGGGUUCUCAUCAUAUUGGAGCAAUUUUGGAUCCACAAUGUAAACCGCUCACUUUCACAGUAUCUCCGAGAGAUACUGUUACUCUAUACUUAGAUGGUUCUCAUAACUGUCUGUCUCAGAGGGAUAUAGAGAAGGUGGCUUCCUUGUGA